UACUUUUGCUUCCUUAUGCUAUAUUGUUCAAUAUAAACUAUUAUUUGAUAUUCCAGUGUACAUUUUAAUUGUAAUCUUUAACUGAGUGAAAUAUGCACAUUGUGGGGAGAAACACAUCCUCAUAACAAAUGGAAAGUGAAAGGAACUUUCUGACAUAUAGUGGGGGAAAAUGGGGGGGGGAGCCAUCAGUAAAAACAUUUAAUAUCGUUUCUUUGUACUUUUGUCAGUUAAUUAAAGUUACAAGAGAAUUCACAAGUCACAGAUUUUUGUUUUUAUUGCACAUUACAAAAAAUCUCAAAUUUUAUAGAAAUGGGGUUAGUACAUUUUAACUGUAAUACUUAACUGAGUGAAAUAUGAACAUUCUGGGGAGAAAUGCUUAGUUACUCAUUACACACGUAGAUCAAGCAGAACCCUUCCUACACUGAAUUCAAUUAUUUCUGACAAAUAGAAAGUGAAAGGUCUUAUGUAGUGUUUGGGUGGUGGCGGGAUGUGGGCGUGUCCAGAGACUUAGGAAGUUGAAAAAAGUUUAACUUUAUGCAAAUCUGGAGCGACUUGGUGCAGCAACUACCAAUGGGAGUGAAGACAGUAGAGCGCACGUCAUCCCUGGCCACCCCCUGCUCACUAGCUGAAGAGGCACCAUUGUGGCAGUAGCCAAUUAGCUUAGCGUAGCCUAGUUUAAGAUCUUAGCAGGUUUAAAGCAGAAAACAAAUAAUUAAAUAAAUAAAUAAUACAUAAAAACACACUUUUUUGUUGCAAUCGAGCAAAAUCCCAGCUUGUCGCUGCUUCGGCGCCCGGGAAUGAGCAACACCAAGCCGGACACUUCACCCAGGAAACACGGAGGCCACGGCCGCAGAGCUUCGGUCCGGCUUCCGGUCACCAUCGAAAAUAUAGUUAAUGAGACCCUGAUGGUGACGGUCACUUACUGAGAUAGGAGCCACAACGGGAUUUUGCUCAAUUGCAACAAACAAUAGGCAGAUUGGCUAAGCUAAAUUGCUCCAUGUGAAUGUGUGGGUGAGUGAGUGUUGCCCUGUGAAGGACUGGUGAUCCAUCUGGAUUUAUCCAGAAAGUCACCUGACCAAGUGCCAGCAGAUGCAUCAGAUUUUAAUGGACAUUGAGUUCUGAUAUGUGUGACAAUGAAGAGCAAGGCUGAAAGUGUUUUUACUGGAACAGAAGGAGGCAGUGUGGAUAUCUCCUGUAAAUACCCUGCUGGAUAUCAAUAUACACCCAUGUACUUCUGUCGUGAUCCAUGCUCUCCUUUUGAUGUACUAAUUAAAUCUGUGAAGGCUGAUACGGUUGUCUCUAAGGAAAGAUACUCUGCAGUAAACACUCUGUCUGCACGUAGCUUCUCUGUCACCAUCAGACACCUCACAUUAAAUGACUCUGGAGUUUAUUACUGUGGAAUGGAUACAUGGGGCAAAGACAAGUUAACUAUAGUAAAGCUUACUGUCAGUGAAGUGUCGAGACAGAAUCAAAGUCCUGAAGCUACAGAGCAAUCCGAUGCCUCCACAAUGAUAACAGCUACUGCAGUGUCGAGACAGAAUCAAAGUCCUGAAGCUACAGAGCAAUCCGAUGCCUCCACAAUGAUAACAGCUACUGCAGCUCCUACUGUGUCCACUUGUGAUCCAGUGUCGAGGCAGAAUCAAAGCCCUCACAAUGAUAUCAAGUACUGCAUUUUAUUCUGGUCAGGAUCACAGCAAACCGGAACACUGGGAGCAAGGCUGGAAUACACCCUGGAUGAGAUGCUAGUCCACACACGCGCACACACACACUCACACUCACUCUUGACUGCUGCCUAUAGCUUAUUCUGUCUUGCUCACAUAUUUAAACUGUUAGCUCAUAACAUUGUUCCAGUUCUCCAAACAACUAGCUGAAAGUCAGACCAGACCUGUGGUGUGUUACGGGAACAGAUACAGAGGCCUGAGGUUUCUAAAACAUCCUGUCACCAUUUGACACUUACGCUUCUACCCAGUACUUUCGAUGUGACUUUGAGGCUUAUUUUAUCAUGGUGACAUGUGGCCCUUGUGCAAACCCACGUGCAUGUUGUUCAUAUGCAAACUGAAUGCACGUUAAGCUUAACCAAGAGCCCAUCAUUACUGACCACAAACUGAUACUAUAGUUUCCUAACUUCUGAAAAUUGUUCCCUGAUUUCAGCCACUUUUUGUAGGUGCACUGUGAGAACAAAUAAAAUUGAACAAAAAACUAUAUGUGGUGUUUUCUAUGAGCUACACAUUAUUGGUGUCUCAUACAUUAAAGCAACUAAGAGCUACUUUUUAUAUUAAGAGCAGAGGUAACCAUCAUCCAAAAAAGGUUUGGUGUACCUACAUUUAAAAACUGAAAUUUAUGUCCAAGUAUCAUGGAUGUUAAUACUUAAAUUUCGCCGAAAGAUGGCAGUACAUUCCUUUAUUGGAAAAGAUAGAGAACUUAAUAUUUUGUAAACAAGCAAAAAAACAAACUAAAUUUUCAACCACGGUGUAAUCUUUGUUAUACAGUAUAAAUUAUAUACCAAAUACUGUUUAUAUUAUAACAUUUAUGUUCAUGGAAAAAUAAACUUAUAGACUCAUUCAAUAUAACCAUGCCAUUUUUAAGACAUUUUAAUAGCAAAAAAAAAAACAAAAAAAAACAAAAAACAACCCAGAUUCAAAAUAGUUUUCAUAGAAACUUGCUUAAAAAACUUGCUCCUGUAGCGGUUACAUCACUGCUUCCUCCUACUUAG